GCCGUAGCAUGCUGUGAUGCAGAGAACAGCUCAUGUUGAUGAAGUUCAAUAUUGCGGCGGUUGCAUAACUUUGGUGGUUCCUUCCUCGAACUUGGUGGUGUCGUCCUUAUAAUGUCCAUCUCCUCAAACUGGUGGUGUCGUCCCUAUAAUGUCCAUGCAACGAUACGGUAUAAUACCUCAUUGCUGUAAAUAGAUUUUGGAGUCAGGGAUUCUCAUUGACUCAUGGCAUGUCAUCAUGAUCGCACUGGCGGCGUUUCCUCAUCUUUUUAUGCAUUCAUAUCAUCAGUUACUCAGCAUCCUGGCAUCGUCUGGUCUUUUCAAUGCAUCGUCAUACCCAUGCAUGUCAAUCUGUUUGGUAAUGUACGACAUUACGCUACUCAAGAGCGAUUCAUCCACGUCCACCUUUUCCACAAUAUCUUUGUGAGAUCUAUGAUGGCUUCAUCUGUUUUGCUCCAUGUGACUUUUCCUUUUUUUUUCCCCUGCUUACACUAUCAUGACUUCCUCUUCGCUCUUUCCUUUUUCGACGACAGCAUGUUUACUCAUGUUUUUACUAUUCCUCAACCCUAUAUUUCCGGUCUCGUUUACACAUUUUUCAGCGCCGUUAUCAUAGUAUUUUAUUGCUGUACAAGCGCUGCAUACAUUAUACCGUUCAUCCAGUCUCUCGCAUCUAUAAACUUAAUCUUACUUUUAUCGUUUUCCUGCAGUUCCCCAACCAUAAAAGUACCAGUCUUGCACCUAUUGCUUACUCUUCCCCUGCCCUGGCUUCUGUGAUCUUUCUCUAUCCUUCAGCCUUAUCUUUCAAUCCUUGCUUUGUCUAAUCGAGACUGAAUUCCAGUUUGACCCUAUCGCCAUUAUCAC